AUGCUAAAGAGAGAGGGAGAGAUUGAGAGCUUGCAAUCUCUAGAAGAAAAGGCGCCAUGUGGAAUCACUGAAUGCAAUAAAUCAAGCUACCCCAUCUCCUCCUUUCUAAAACUUUGAUAAAAGAAGAACGGAUUUAUUUAUUUAUUCAUUGUUUACUGUUUCCUGGGACCUGGGCACUGGGCAGCAUGGAUAAGUCUUUAUUACAGGCAGUGCCCUCUAGUUGUUGGCAUACAUUCAUUUCACAGGGAGAGAGAGAGAGGAUUACCACUUUCACAUAUCAUUCACACAGAAUUUAUUUGGACAUAAUUUCCUUCUUGGGUCUUUCUCGUCUAGUCAUCUUCCUCAAAGCAUCCAAUAUAAACCCAUUUCCUUAGUUCUGUUUGUCAAUCUAGGACUUCAGUCUCUGUUUCUCCUUAAUUUAUUGGAGCUUGCUCUUUUUUUAUAUUUAUUUUUAUUUUUAUUUUUAUUUUUGCAACUGCUGUGAAACUAGCUCAGAAAUACAACAUUCGGAAAAUCUUGCUUUGGAGAUUGUAAGGUAAAGUUGGCAGCUCUUAUAUAUGUUUUACUUUAUUGGGUGUUCUUGCAAAUUGUAGAAAAUCCAAUAUCAACUGCCACAGCUAUGCUUGGUCUUUGCAAGGUCAGUCUCCCUUUCACUGAUAAUUUCUUUUUUCCUGAUUCAUGUUUAUUAAAUGCCAGGUUAUACGGGGUUCUCUACUUCUCUUAUUCUGCUGUUUCCGAUACCAUGAAGCAUUGACAAGAGGAGUAGAGUUUUUCAAAAUGGGGUGGUGUAACUUGUUUUUGCUUUUCUGGUUUACAUGGAGUUUCUUUGUUCUCGCUACAUAUCAGUUGCAGCCCUCUCAAACCCAAGUGCUUCUUCAACUUAGAAAGCACUUAGAGUACCCACCACAAUUAGAGAUUUGGAGUGAUCAUACCAAAGAUUUUUGCGUUUUAUCUUCAUCAAAAGUAAACAUCACAUGCCAAGACAAUUUUGUAACUGAGCUCCGAAUUAUGGGUGAUAAGCUUGCAAAAGUAAGCGGCUUUAAUGGGUUUGCAAUUCCCAAUCAAACUUUGGCGGAGAGCUUCUCUGUGGAUUCUUUUGUGGCUACCCUGGCGAGGCUAACCAGCUUGAGAGUUCUUAGUCUGGUAUCUCUGGGCAUUUGGGGUCCAUUUCCGGAUAAAAUUCAUCGAAUCUCUUCACUUGAAUAUCUUGAUUUCAGUUCAAAUUUUCUUUUUGGUUCGGUUCCUCCGAAGAUUUCUACAAUGGUGAAGCUUCAAACUCUUAAACUGGACGAUAACUUCUUUAAUACUACCGUCCCCACUUGGUUUGAUUCAUUAUCUAAUCUGAUAGUUCUAAGCUUGAGGAACAACCAGUUUAAAGGUCCAUUUCCAUCUUCAAUUCUGAGUAUCGCUACUCUUACUAAUCUUAUCAUGUCUAGCAAUGACAUUUCUGGGGAAUUACCAAGUCUCAGUACCUUGAGUAGCCUAAGCGUGCUGGAUUUAAGUGCAAACAAAUUGCAUUCUGUGCUACCUGAAAUGCCGGAAGGAUUGGAAUUGGCUUUCCUAAGUAAUAACUCCUUCUUUGGGAAGAUUCCAAGGCAAUAUGGCCGAUUAAGUCGGCUUCAACACCUUGACAUGUCACUCAAUGAGCUUGGGGGGCUACCUCCUGCUGCACUUUUCUCUUUACCCAAUAUUAGCUAUUUGAAUAUUGCAUCAAACAUGUUUAGUGGGUUAUUUCCAGACCACCUAAGCUGUGGUAGCAAACUUGAGUUCGUUGAUAUCUCUAACAAUAGGUUAAUGGGUGGACUGCCUUACUGUUUGAGAGCCAAUUCAGAGAAUAGAGUGGUUAAGAUUGAUGGGAAUUGCUUAUCCAUUGACAUGAGGCAUCAGCAUGCAGAACCAUAUUGUGUGGAAGUCAACGUGAAGAAACAAUCCAAAGGCAAAAAUGCUAGAAUUUUUGUGGGUUUAAUUGUAGGAAUCUUCGUACUCGUGGUGCUUCUGGCUUUUGGCUCACUUUUCUUGUGGAGAAGGUAUUGUCCCCGGGGGUUAUCGGAGCAGCAUUUGUUGCCGAAAGCACUGAAAGAUAGCUCGGCUGCUGGGCUCUCCUCUGAGCUUCUAGCAAAUGCAAGAUUUGUUUCUGAAGCUGCAAAGUUAGGCAUGGAAGGUCUCCCUGAGUGUCGGUCUUUUACUUUAGAAGAGUUAAAAGAAGCUACAAACAACUUUGAUAACUCUGCCUUUAUGGGAGAAGGAUCGUGUGGAAAGCUUUACAGAGGAAGAUUAGGGAAUGGGAUCCUAGUUGCUAUUAGGUGUCUGCCUUGGUCAAAGAAGUAUUCAAUUCGAAAUCUGAAACUCAGGUUGGAUUUGCUAGCAAAGCCUCGUCACCCGCAUUUGGUUGGCCUUUUGGGGUACAGUGUUGAUGUUAGUGGGAGAGAUGAUUGCAGUGUGAACAAUGUCUUCCUCAUAUCUGAAUAUAUGUCCGGUGGGAGUUUUCGUGCUUAUCUUUCAGGGAAUAGCUGCAGAAAGGUUUUCAAUUGGUCAGAGAGAUUGGCAGUUCUAACCAGUGUUGCCAAGGCUGUGCACUUCCUACAUACUGGAGUUAUUCCUGGUUUCUUCAAUAACAGCUUGAAGACAAAUAAUAUCCUGCUCAAUGAGCAUUGGGUGGCAAAGUUGAGUGACUAUGGAAUGUCCAUUAUCUUGGAGGAAACUGACAAAUUUGGGGCAAAAGGAGAGAGUCAUAAAUCAUGGCAAAUGAAAAAAUUAGAAGACGAUGUUUAUAGCUUCGGAUUCAUAUUACUUGAGGCACUUGUUGGACCUUCCGUAUGUGCUAGAAGAGAGGCAUUCUUGCUAAAUGAGAUGGCAUCUUUGAACAGCCAGGAUGGCCAGAAACGUAUAAUUGAUCCAAUUGUGCAAAACUCUUGCUCGCAGCAAUCCUUAUCGACUGUGAUUUCCAUAAUGAACAGAUGUAUUUCUCUCGAGUCGUGUAGUCGUCCCUCUAUUGAAGAUGUCCUUUGGAACUUACAGCAUGCAUCUCAAAUUCAGGCAAAAACAGGUGAUGGUGAUCAUAGAUUCAACACUAGUACUGCAUCACACAAAUGAUUUUUCUGCUUUUUAUUUUAUAUUAUUUUGUUAAUGUUGGCAUGGAGGUGAAUGUAGCUGCUCUAGAAUACUUCCAUUUCAUGGCUGAUGUUGAAUAUAUUGCAAACUCUCGAGGCCAUGUGGAAUGCCUCUGCCUCCAUCUGCGCCAACCUGAUAUGUGUUGUUAGAUUUGCAUUGCUGUAAUUGUAAUAUAGAAUCAGUUUACUAUAUCGUGUUUGUAGUUUUCAUCAAUUGUCGAAAUCUAGUCUCAAGUCGAAUGAUAGAAUACUUUUCCUUGACAAACUUGUAUUCAUAUUAGUAUGGAUUACAAAAAGUUACCAGAA